AUGCCCCGCUCUCAGAAUCAAUACCACCAAUACCAUAGACCUGGGCUUAGUCUCGACGGCGACUAUGAAGAACGAUCGAGUUACGAUCCCAACCAUGCAAUAAUUACAGAACCUCAUGACCACCCAGCACAUCCCCAUCAACCCGAAUGCCCUUGUGCAAGUCCUCAAGCAGCCCCCCAGACCACCAAGCCACCAUCUCUCCCCUUCUCACCCUCCCUCCCAAAAACUUUCGAACACGUCCUAGGUCUGAACACAAUGUCUGUUGUGGAAAGCCACGCAGAAGGGGAAGCAUGUGAUGUCGUAAUCGGCGGGUUCAAGAGCACCCGCGGCCGCACAAUGUACGGAAGACUAAUGAAUUUCCGCAACGAGCACAACCAGCGCGUGAAUCUCUUGUUGAACGAGCCACGCGGCCGGAAUGGCAAGAAUGCUAUCUUUCUCCUUAAGCCAAUUGCUCAUGGCUCAGAGCGCUGUCUGGUUAUGGUGAAGAAUGAUGCAUAUGUUCCCUUCUCCGUGUCGAGUAUCAUAUGUGCUACCAAUGUGUUAGCUGAGCUUCCGCAUGCUGGCGGGCCGAUGCCGCGGGUACCAUUCCAGAGAUACGUUUUUGAGACUGGGGCUGGGAAGAUUAUGGCGGAAGCAAGCUUUACUAAGACCCUCGAGCUGAGGUAUCGGUGUGAUUCUGUGACUAUUUAUUGUGUGCCUUCCUUUGUACUGGAGCUUGGAUACGAGGUUAUGGUUCCUGGGUUUGGAAGUUUGAAGGUUGAUAUUGCUUUUGGAGGUGUUUUCUGCGCGUUUGUAGAUGUCAAAUCUGUUCGAUUGAGGAUUCAGAGUGAUCAAGGUGAGAAGUUGGUGGAGGCUGGGGAGCGGAUUAGACGAGCUUUGGCGGAUUGUGGUCUGGAGGUUGUCCACCCUAAGGAUUAUUCCAUCCGAGGUAUCAGCAACAUAGUUUUCAUUGAGCGGAUUGGAAAAGAUGGGGCGCAGAAGGUAGGGUUGAGUGCCACGGUUCUUUCUCCUGGUAGACUGGACCGUAGUCCGUCGGGCACUUCGACGUGUGCUUGGCUUGCUGUUCAACAUUGCCGUGGCCAAAUUGCCAGCGAAACUUUUCGGAGUUACAGCUUGCUCGGAACUCAGUUCUUUGGUCGCGUUCGUGGUGAGUUGAGAGUCGGAAGAUACAACGCGAUUUACACUUCUAUCCAAGGCAGAGCCUGGAUCACUGGCUUUAAACAGGUUGCUCUGGAUCCGACUGAUCCUUUCGCGAUGGGAUUCCGUGGUGCAGACCAGUGGGGCCCGAUAACAGACAAGGAAGAAGAUAAGCAGGAAGAUCUAGUUGGUCUGGGAAUACAAUUUGACUCAAUAGAGUUACAUACCGGAGUGACUUCAGGCCGAAAAUUCCAGCAAGCUCACUGGGAAUCCGCUAAUAAUGCUUUGGGAGAGACAUUCUGA